AAACUAGCCAGAGUCCUGUAUGCUCCCCAGGAAUUUUUCUCAUUGCUCAUGAAAGAAGAUUAAAAAGUAAAUACUUCAAACGUUCUAAUGUUAUAGCGCUGUGAACAUGUAUUCUACAACUGUUUCAUACGGAUGACGUUAGCUUUUUAUUUGUAUUUUCUGUGUGUCUGUCUUAGGUCGAAUUAUUGUUCACCUGCUAUGUUUCCAAUUAUUUUUCAUUUUUUUGUAUGUUUUAACUUAUGGUGGAAACUCCUCCAGUCUGUCUUGAAGUGUUUCUCUUGUAUUUCUAGAGUCAGGUCAGUGUACUUUGGCAAAUGCAGUAAUUUUUAAUUUGCUGAGUUCAGAAACGUGAUCUUUUACAGUAGCAAUUGGGCUUGCAUUUUUCUGGUGUGCAGUUUCUCCCACUAGAUUUAUAGAUACAGUUUUUAAAGUAUUUGAGUAAAAUUUCUUUCUUAUUGCCUGUUAGUGAGAUUUAUAUGCAGUAUUUAUACACAGUACAUAAAUCUUACCAGUUUCCUGCACUUACGGACCUCCUGUGCUCUGAAGUUGUCAUGAAACUGUCAGGUCCCAGUGUGCUGUCUGCUUCUCAGAGGUCCAGUUUCACCAGCGCUUUCAGCCAUGCUUAUUCUUUACACAACUCAGUGGGAUUUGUGUUGGAUCCCUAAACAUGUAUCUUCACUUCCAUGUCUUCUUCACGCUUCACCAGACUUUUUUUAUUUAGGAAGACUACUUGAAAAUGGGUUCUUUGUUUCUUCACCAUUGAUCUGUUGCCACUCUUGAUUCUUGGAUGUAGUAAAUGUCAGUGAUUCAGUCAUUUUCAGAACAACCUGUUGGGAUAUCAUAGGGGUCAUGAUUUAAAGGAAAUAAACAGCUAAUAUAGAUGGCUUUUAAGUAACAAAGAUACUGUUUUCCUGUAAAUAUCUAGAGAGCAAAGCAGCAAGAAAGAAAAAAGAGAAAAUCUUUGAAUGCUUGCAGUUAGAUCACAGCUGAUUUUUAUAUCCUUUCACAUGCUUUGUUUGCUAUUUAUCAUGUGUGUAGGGUUGAUUUGGAGACCUGAUGUAAAGGAUAAGGGUUUAGCAAACCUGGACUGGCACCUCUAAAUUCUGUUUACUUAACCCCAAAAGUCAAGUUAUGUCGCAGUGUACUCGCAGUACACUUCUGAACUCUAAAUCAAAACGUAAUUGGUUUGGGUUUUUGUUUGGUUGGUUUUGUUUUGUUUUUUUUUGUUUUGUUUGUGGCUUGCUUGUGGUUUGGGUUUUUUUGUUUUUUGUUUUUCUCUCAAAAGUUUUGUUUCAGUUUAAGUAGUUCAAGUGACAUUUCAACAAUUUUGAGCUUGUUCUACAUGGGGCAAGUUGAAUUUGCAGUUGAACUUCUACUUUAGGAUUCACAGACUAUGCUCACAAGCAACAUGAUAUAUGAUUAUCAAAUGAUUCCAACAAGAAAAUUUUCUUGACCUUGUGUCUGGUUAGCUCUUGAGGAUGGCAAGCAAAGGACCCACAACUUCUACAUCAACAAAGAACUCCAGUACUGGAGGGACCAGUGGCAGCAGUAGCAGUAAUGGUGCUGGGGACAACGCUAAUCAGGACAACACUUUUGAAUGUAACAUCUGUUUAGACACUGCCAAGGAUGCAGUUAUCAGCUUGUGUGGACAUCUCUUCUGUUGGCCUUGUUUACACCAGUGGCUAGAGACCAGGCCAAACAGACAAGUAUGUCCUGUUUGCAAAGCAGGAAUCAGUCGAGAUAAAGUUAUUCCUCUGUAUGGAAGAGGUAGCACUGGGCAACAGGACCCCAGAGAGAAAACUCCACCACGACCCCAAGGACAGAGACCUGAACCAGAGAACAGAGGGACUACUGUACCUGCCACCUUAAUUAGAGUCCCCCUGGGAUUCCAGGGCUUUGGGUUUGGCGAUGGUGGCUUCCAAAUGUCAUUUGGAAUUGGGGCGUUUCCCUUUGGUAUAUUUGCAACAGCAUUCAACAUAAACGACGGGCGACCUCCUCCAGCUGUUCCAGGGACUCCUCAAUAUGUGGACGAGCAGUUCCUAUCCCGCCUCUUCCUGUUUGUGGCUCUGGUGAUAAUGUUCUGGCUGUUGAUUGCAUAAAUCUUUUCCAUUAUUCUGUAUAUUCAUGGCCAAUGAGGCCACUGAAACAGUUACAAACUGCAUCCCCAUCCCAUUUUAAACCUCUUGGUGUCUGGUUCUGUAGCUAACUGUGGGCUUCAGGAAUUGGUGGUACCACAGCACAAUGAGGAAUCUCGCAUUUUGCACCAGAGUUGGAAAUUAAACAUUGGUUUAAAAGCGUCUUUCAGAACAGCUGUCUUGUACAACAGGUUCCUGCCACAAACCAUGGGCCUAGUUUGAACUCUGCUCCUAAAAGGAGUGCUGCUUUGAAAUCCUGUGCCAAUCAGUGACACUGGGUUUAUGUGAAAGACAGUUGCCCCAAGGCAGGUAAGGAAACUUCUGCAGUGUGAUCAGUAUCUCAUGCUUGGCGACUUCAAUGGAUCUGCCAGAGCUGCGGAUGUUAUUUAAUGUCUUCACAUCACCAUCCAACCUUCUUCAGGAAAUGAUCUGCAGCACUGCCGAAACUCUUUGGGCACAGCACGUGAUGCAAAUGGAACCAGGUUUGGAGACUGUUUUUUUCUUGCUGUUAUUUCUCAGCGUGAUGGAAAACCCCUCCUGAAGCGUUUCUAAUGGCUGUUAGAAGAAGGGAUACAAAUUUAUGCUGCAAUUUUUUUUAAAGCCUGAAUUUUCUGGAGCCAGACACAGCAAGAUUCUCUCGUUGUGGAGCCAGGUGGGGUUGCCGAACAGUACGACGCAUCUGUUUGCCUCACCCAGCCCAGUUCCUCACUGACAAAACAGUGUUGUCUUCCUUGGUUCUACGCAGCAGCCUGUGGCUGCAUUCAUGGAUAAUCCCCUCACAACCUUCUCACUGUAGCUACAUUUAUUCUUCCCAAGGCUUUGAGACUUUCUACGCAAGGUCAUGUACUCCAAAUAAAAUCCUAUUACAGAUCUGAGAUCACUUGUUUGGGGAGAGGAACAAAAGGCAUCUUUACGUGAGUUCUGAGGUUAAACUUGUCAUACUGUAAAAUUAUACAGGAGGAAAAAUGAGAUCCUGCCUUUGCUAGCACAUGCCACAGUAGGGAACAUUUGGAAGAGCUUCUCUCUACAGGUGCAUACAGCUACUCCAUGCCACAGCAGGAUGGCUAUAGUGCAAAAUGUCUGCACUAUCUACCAAAGAUAUUAAUUUGAAGUGCUGGAGGAGACCACAACCGUUUAUGUGCUGAAGGGAAAAUAUUUCAGAAGGUGAGCACUCUGUAGCCGUUUUGGAAUCCUGUCGAGUAUACAGCUUUAAAGAGUACUCCUCAUAUAUUUGUGUAGAUUCCUUCAGAACAGCAGAUAUGAGAGAUUCUCUAGCAAGGUGAACGGUUUUCGUAUUUCUCUGACUAGGCAAUUUCAUUUUUUCUCUUAUUGUUUUUAGAUUAGUUUGAUUCAGAUCGCUGAUAGUCAUAAUGAUUUCCUGCAAGAUGAAUAUUGUGAACUGGCAAUAGAUGGACAACUGACAAAACAAAUCAACUCAUAGAAACUUUGUUUCAAUAGCUAGGGUUUUUCUAGUGUAUGGAUGAGGUUCCUGGUCAGGACACCUUAAUUAAUUGUUGUACAAGCUUAUUUAAUUAUAAACUGUUCACUUUUAGUAUCAAGACAGAGAAUGACUGAAAUUUAACUUGCCUACCUCCAAAGUCCCAUCUGGCAAGUAGAAUGUUGCAAAGCUUCUGCAGUGUUUUGCCACAUCUAGUCAAAUUUACACUGGACUCGAUGAUAAUCUGGCAGAAUUUAUUGCUCAACUAUAAAUAGUUGAAGUGGUGCUUCAACUUUUGUCGUGUGGCACUUUUGGGAAGCUUAACUUCUUCUGCAUAUGGUUCUUCUCAAGUGCGUAACUUGGUAAUUAGGACCCUUUCUAGGCUAUUUAUGGCAUUCUUAAAAGCAACUGGCUGUCGUACAAUGUCGCGGCUUUGACUUCCUUUCAUGAGCAGGCAGCACCACCUGCUGAUGAAAAGGGAAAGUUCAUGUGAUAGUAAAAGGGAUGGUUUUCCUUCUCCUUUUUGCAUUGAGAAAUUCGAUGCUAAGAGCUGAGGUUAUCCGGGGAGAAGUAGGGUAUCCCUUUAAAGCCGUUUUCCAAUAAGAGGACAGAAAAGUGACUGCAAGAGGUUCAAGAGGUAUUGAAACUAAUUUAACUAACAGUUAUGUUUUAAAAUACAGAAUUUUAAUGGCUUGGUUGUUUUUCCCAUCUAUUGGUGAGAGACGUAAUGGAUUUAGACAGAGGUGGCUGCAGAAACAUGACUGAGAGUCCUUAUUUUCCGGCAAUCCAAGAAUGAAAUAGUCUAAAAGUGUUAACGCUUUUGUUCCUACCUUUUUCCUGAUGUGCUUUUUGUAUUGUACCACUUCCCUCCCCCCUUGUACUCAGACUGCACACAGCCCAUAAUGGCUUGUUUAGUGCAUUACCAUUACUGUUCACUAAUUUUCACUGUUGUGAAAGUGAUUUAGAAUUAAAAAAUGGUUUUACAUUGAC